GCUCUCUCCAUGGCCACCCUGCCCUCCACAGUUUGGGGCACAGAGUGGAGAAGGUCCCACAGGUUUUCGGUGCAACAUCCCUGCUGAGAACACCAAGGUGUUUGCCUCCAUUGGGAACCUGGAACAGGCCGGCCAGGGACAAGAGGUACUGACACCAGAGUCCUUGGGCUGGGCACCACUGAUGCAGAAUCAUAGUGGUUUUAUGGGGAAACUUCAGGACAGCCCUGAACGGGAAGGAGGCUGAGAGGUACACCUUGGGAAGGAUGUCCUGGCAGCUCUGGAGAUUGUAUGUGGCAGAGAUGAGGGGGCAUUUGAUUGCGGGGGAGGGGAGGUCAACAGAGCAUGGGGGAGAGCUCAUCACCUGGGGCAAGUCCUGGCCUGCUCCACAGCUCAGCACCACACAGGGCUGCCUGUCGCUCAGGAGCCUGAUUGGUUGUGGAAGGGUCAAGGACACUGAGGUUGGGAGCUGCCAAGUCUCUUGGGCCCCCUCCCGGCCCUGACCUCCACUCCUGUAAGUAGCAGACGGGGGUGUGAGGAGGUGCUGCUCACACGCUCUAGGCCAGGAUCAGUGUUGGCUGGGCCUCUCAGGAAGUCCCGUACAGUGUUCUAGACAUUGAUGUGCAGUCACCUUUUGGGGAGAUCUGUGAGCUUAUCCUGCUGGGAGCGCCCAGCAUUUGGGGGUCAACAAAAGCCUCUGCUUUGAACACCCAUGGAAGGACAGCGCCCUGCAGACAUGUUGAUGUCCGUCAGUUACUACCCAUACUUCAUCCCAUGUCACUGUAACUGGAUUUGGUGGGUGGGAUCGAGGACGAUUGAAAUAGUCCCAGGCUGUCCUGGAUCCACAUUUCUCCCAUGAGGGUGUCCUGCGAUAAGCUUCAGCCAACAGGACCAGGGGUCUGCUGGGUUCCUCCAGGAAGGGGUUCGUUCUCUCAUGAUGACAGGCAGGGAGAGCUUGGCACCCUGCCUCUUCCAGCCUUAAGUACAUCUGGAUGGGGAUGCGCUGUCCGGAGCUGCAGCAGUCGUUUUACAACUAGGAGUUGGUGACCUUCAAAAUAGAGCCAGUGUUAUAGAGAUAGUGAGGUAGAGCGAGGCUGGGCCCAGACCAGGGUGAAACUGCUUCCUUCUGGGCCUGCUGUCCCGAGAGAUGAUUAAAUCAUCAGUGUUCAGCCAAACUGCUCGGGUUUAGGUCAUUACUUGAAGCUCUGAGUUUCCGUGGAGAUGAGAAGACAGCCAGCUCUCUCACAUCUAAACGUCUGCUUUAAAGGCUUGCUCUGCCCCCCAGGGUCCAGGCAAGGGUGAAUGGGCUCCUCCCAGCCGCCUGCUGCCCAUGGUCGGAUUGCUAAUGGGUUAUGCACUCUCCCAUCAAGUCGCACUCUACCUCAGGGUAGCACAGACACCACAGGGUGAGCAAACAGGGUGUUCCUCUCUCUCAGUCCAGAGACCUCAUCAUGACCCAGCUGUCGGCCAGGCCACGAGCCAGGAGGAGCGAGCAGGCUGCACGCCCCACAUGGCCGCUCGUGGGGCUGUCUCCUGGCUGGCCCCCAGGGUGGGGGAGCUCCGUGAAGGAAGCAGGGCUUUGGCCCUCUGGUCAGGCCGUGACCCCCACCUCCUGGUGUGGCCAUGGUCGGACACUGUAUCUCACUGGACUCUGCAGUGAGGGGCUGUGUCCACACCAGCCCCUCGCCGCCCCCCCCCAUGAAGCUCACUGGUGCAUCAAACGCUCACGUGCUGCGGGCCAAGUGUGUGCCUGGCACUGUUCUUGGUGCUGGGGACCCCACAACUGGGCUCCUGUUCUCACAGCCUCACAUGUGGGUCCAGCCCGCCGUCUCAGGUUGGUACGUGCUCUGAGGGGACAGUUGUGUCCACCACCUAUCUCCUGGCCAUUCCUCAGUUUCUCCCAGGGGCACUAGAGAUCGAGUUGAUACCAUUGGCCUUAAGAUUAUCUGUGAUUUCAUUUAGACGUUUCCCUCAUAACCAUAACUAAUCACAAAGUUGAGAGUCUCCGUCCCAUGAAGUCCCCAACGGGCACAUCAGAACCAGAUGGGGAGUCUCGAGGCCUCACCCGGAAGAGGACUGGUUGCCUGCCAGAGGCUGUCCAGUUCUCACGCUCUUUGAAGUCUCAGGCGGGGGGAGCAUGUCCAUCUCAAAGGCCUCUUUAUGGAGCUGGAGAUGCUGACUUCCCUGCGAUGUGCUGACAGAAGCUGACAGAAGCAGGGGCAAGGCAGCAGACUCGCAGUUGGGGCCCCCAGAGGUGGAAGGUGGUCCUUGGUGAGGGACGGCUGCAGUGUGAGUCCUGGGACCCGUGUGGCAGGGACAGAGCUGGGGCCUCACGGCCACGGACCUGCACAGCCCCUCGCUGCUGCUGGGACCACCCUCACUGGCCGUGGCACCAUCCUGUGGUCCUGGGAGGCUCUGCUCCCUUCAGGGUUCUCCAUGAGGAGGAAAGAAUGGGAGGUGUGAAGUCCUAGGGCAGGGAGCUCGGUGUGUGGGCCCAUCCUGUGCCCGGUGCCUGUGGGGUGUGGGUGUGGGGCUGUCUUCUCAUGUUCUCCGUGGGGAGGCGGGGGCUGGGGUCCUCGUGCCCUGCCAGCAACAGGCCAACAGGUCCACCCCCACGUGUCGCCCUGUGCAAACACGUGGCCUAUGUCCACCAAAAGAUGGGGCCAGAACACCCAGCAGGUACUGUUUGUAACAAGACGGGAGAUGCCCAGUGGGGUCUGUGCAUUAGACUACUACUCACAGCCACGAGGAUGUCAGGGAGUGGCUCCCAGGGCAGGCAGAUGCCCUAGCUGUUCUGGGGCAAUUAAUGUUUUUGUGAUUGGUCUGGGUGCUGCCUUCCUGGCUGUGUUUAGGUUGAUGCAUCCACGAACCUGCAGAUUUACAGCUUGUGUACUCUCAUGUAUGAUGUUCUUCAAUAAAGAGCACAAUCAAAAGGGGGAGCAGCUUGUCAGUGGGGUGAGGCAGAUGGAAGGGGUGGGUAAUAUUUGUAAGUGGGACCGAAUGUGUGAUGACACGUGGGCCGCCUGGCACUCGGGUGGGGGAGAGAAAGUGGGCUUGAACGGGAGUGUCACAGAUAACACUCAACCCUGAGACCCUCCCUCCCAGCUCCCUCCCAGCCCUGCUGCCACCACCGAACAAGGCCCUUACCUUUCUUGUUGCCUCAGGUUGUCUCCCUUGUCCGCAAACCAUUCUGUUCUCCUCCCACCUCUGCUCUUUAGAGGAGGAACUUGAGUCUUCAGCGAGAAAGUGCUGGGAGCACCCUGGAGCGAGGCCAUUCUUGGCCGUGCACAAUGUGGCUGGAGACAGAGGUCUGCCCUUGAAGUGGUUUCUCUGUAGAGGAAGUGGGGGCUGUCAGCUCUGUCCCUGCCCCUCCCCCCACGGAGGAUGAGGCAGAGCAAGAGCCUGGUGUGACCGGGAUGCCCUCCCACAGGGUUCCAUGAGGGGGCUGGGCGUCCUAGGGGGCAGGGGCUGCCCUUAGUGAGCAUCUAACAUGGCGUAGGGAGCUAGGGGUUCAGGCUGGGGGUGCAUGGUCAACAGCCAACAACUGUUUCCAAGGCAGAGUGGCAUCAGGUGGGUGGCCAGAGAUCAGAGACGCCUCCAAGGAGGAGGUGGUGUUUGCAGGGGGCCUGGAGCAGAUCUAGAGGAGGCCCCCACAUGGGCAGACCCUGGGCGUGGGGCCAGGCUGGGAGCGCUGGUUGGCUGAACACAGGUGAGAGGGGAGACGCCCUGCUGAGCCUGAGUCAGGUGUCCUUGGAGCCAGGGCAGCCCUGGCUGUUGUUUGUGCUGCCCAGAGGAAGGCCGGCUGGGGUGCCGUGCGGGGUGCUCUCUGAUCGUGCGUCCAGGGUGCACGCCCAUCAUGUGGCCACCCUCAGGAGGAGGGGCUCCGGGGACUUUAAAGCUUCAUUCUUCCUGGGACCUCAGCCCACCCCAGGCCUGGAGACGCAGGCGGCCUGGCCAGCCACGAGGCUGCAAGCGGCAUAGAAAUGCAUGUCUGGACCUGAGCAACGGCACCUCUCCGGAAGAGGUGGGGAGGUGGGCUGAGGAUCUGGGGUCCGGAGAGACUACAGGGUUGGUGCAAGGGAGCUUGGGGUCCUGGCUGGGAAGCAACCACUCUGCCGGGAAGCUGGGGUCUCUUCAGCUGGGUCAUGGCUGAGCUGACUGACAGGGUGAAUGUGAAGGCGGUCCGGGAGACACGAGCCCCGCUGGUGGCACUGUGAGCUGAGCAGGACGCCUGAGAGUGAGGACCCCUUCCUGCUCCCUGGUGGGACUAUGUCUAUGCAGGGUCCCCAGAGGAGGCUGCUGGGCUCCUUCAACUGCACCCCCCCAGCCACCCCUCACCUGAGGCUGGCUGCCAACCAGACGGGGCCCCGGUGCCUGGAGGUGUCCAUUCCUGACGGGCUCUUCCUCAGCCUGGGGCUGGUGAGCGUGGUGGAGAACGUGCUGGUGGUGGCUGCCAUUGCCAAGAACCGCAACCUGCACUCGCCCAUGUAUUACUUCAUCUGCUGCCUGGCUGUGUCCGACCUGCUGGUGAGCGUGAGCAAUGUGCUGGAGACGGCAGUCAUGCUGCUGCUGGAGGCCGGCGCCCUGGACACCCGGGCGGCCGUGGUGCAGCAGCUGGACGACGUCAUUGACGUGCUCGUCUGCGGUGCGAUGGUGUCCAGUCUCUGCUUCCUGGGCGCCAUCGCCGUGGACCGCUACGUCUCCAUCUUCUACGCGCUGCGGUACCACAGCAUCGUCACGCUGCCCCGCGCGUGCCGGGCCAUCUCCGCGAUCUGGGUGGCGAGCGUCCUCUCCAGCACGCUCUUCAUUGCCUACUACAACCACGCAGCCGUGCUGCUUUGUCUCGUCGGCUUCUUUGUAGCCGUGCUGGUGCUCAUGGCGGUGCUGUACGUCCACAUGCUCGCCCGGGCCUGCCAGCACGCCCGAGGCAUCGCCCGGCUCCAUAAGAGGCAGCGCCCUGCCCACCAGGGCUUCGGCCUCAAGGGCGCCGCCACGCUCACCAUCCUGCUGGGCAUUUUCUUUCUCUGCUGGGGCCCCUUCUUCCUGCACCUCUCACUCAUGGUCCUCUGCCCUCAACACCCCACCUGUGGCUGCGUCUUCAAGAACUUCAACCUCUUCCUCACCCUCAUCAUCUGCAACUCCAUCAUUGACCCCCUCAUCUACGCCUUCCGCAGCCAGGAGCUCCGAAAGACCCUCCAAGGGGUAGUGCUGUGCUCCUGGGGCCCUGGCAAGCUGUGCACACACCCACCUCGGCUGCCGGGUCUGGGGAUUUGUGCCCCUGCCUGUUGGGAUGUGAAGUCUCUGUGUGAGGAGCGUGACAAGUACUGCUCCCUAGGAGGGCCUCAGGAAGAGGAGCUUUGUGACCAGCAAGACCUGGCCUUCCAGGAGCGCUCCAGGAAGCAACCCUGGUGGCGGCGGGCGGAGGCGGCGCGGCGCGCGGCCGAGCGGGGAUGCGCGGUGCUGAUGCUGCAGGGCCGGUGCUGCAUUCUGCGGCGGCGCCCCCCGAUUGGCCGCGCGCGCCGCCCGUCGCACGCACCGAGCAUGAGGGAGAUCGUGCACAUCCAGGCCGGCCAGUGCGGCAACCAGAUCGGGGCCAAGCUUUCCCCCCUGCAGUUCUGGGAGGUCAUCAGUGAUGAGCACGGUAUAGACCCCAGUGGCAACUAUGUGGGGGACUCAGACCUGCAGCUGGAGCGCAUCAGCGUCUACUACAACGAGGCCUCUUCUCAUAAGUAUGUGCCUCGGGCCAUUCUGGUGGACCUUGAGCCCGGAACCAUGGACAGCGUCCGAUCUGGGGCCUUUGGGCACCUUUUCAGGCCUGACAACUUCAUCUUCGGUCAGAGCGGGGCCGGCAACAACUGGGCCAAGGGUCACUACACGGAGGGUGCUGAGCUGGUGGACUCCGUCCUGGACGUGGUGCGGAAGGAGUGUGAGAAUUGCGACUGCCUGCAGGGCUUCCAGCUGACCCACUCUCUCGGCGGGGGCACGGGCUCGGGCAUGGGCACGCUGCUCAUUAGCAAGGUGCGUGAGGAGUACCCUGACCGCAUCAUGAACACCUUCAGCGUGGUGCCCUCGCCCAAGGUGUCGGACACAGUGGUGGAGCCCUACAACGCCACCCUGUCCAUCCACCAGCUGGUGGAGAACACGGACGAGACCUACUGCAUCGACAACGAGGCCCUGUACGACAUCUGCUUCCGCACGCUCAAGCUGGCCACUCCCACCUACGGAGACCUCAACCACCUGGUGUCGGCCACCAUGAGCGGCGUCACCACUUCCCUCCGCUUCCCGGGCCAGCUCAACGCCGACCUGCGCAAGCUGGCCGUGAACAUGGUGCCCUUCCCGCGCCUGCACUUCUUCAUGCCCGGCUUCGCGCCGCUCACGGCCCGCGGCAGCCAGCAGUACCGCGCGCUCACCGUGCCCGAGCUCACGCAGCAGAUGUUCGACGCCAAGAACAUGAUGGCCGCCUGCGACCCGCGCCACGGCCGCUACCUGACGGUGGCCACCGUGUUCCGUGGGCGCAUGUCCAUGAAGGAGGUGGACGAGCAGAUGCUGGCCAUCCAGAGCAAGAACAGCAGCUACUUCGUGGAGUGGAUCCCCAACAACGUGAAGGUGGCCGUGUGCGACAUCCCACCCCGGGGGCUCAAGAUGUCCUCCACCUUCAUCGGCAACAGCACGGCCAUCCAGGAGCUGUUCAAGCGCAUCUCGGAGCAGUUCACCGCCAUGUUCCGGCGCAAGGCCUUCCUCCACUGGUACACGGGCGAGGGCAUGGACGAGAUGGAGUUCACCGAGGCCGAGAGCAACAUGAACGACCUGGUGUCCGAGUACCAGCAGUACCAGGACGCCACGGCCGAGGAGGAGGGCGAGAUGUACGAAGACGACGAGGAGGAGUCCGAGGCUCAGGGCCCCAAAUGAAGCCGCUGGAGGGGCGGAGCCAGGAUGCGGCUGUGGCCAGGAGGCCUGUCCCCCAGAGCCCCGUCGCCAUUGACACCGCCCCCAGCCUUGCCCCCGCCAGCUCCGGCCAUGGCACCCCAGGGCUCCCGAGUGCUUGUCCUCCAGUAUUUACGGCAUCCCCACCCCACGUGAGUCCUGUCUUCCCUCCAUGGGUCGGGUCCACUUCUGUGUCUGCUUUAUUGUCAGCUCCAGGCCUGUUUUAUGGUUUGUUGUGUUUUCUUUUGUUUUUUUACGGUUUGUGUUUAUAUUUUGAGGGGGGAUACUUAAUAAAUCUAUUGCUGU